AUGGAAGCAAAAGAAGCAAGCCCGAGUCUGGCUGGCCGGCGGUGGCAGCAGAGGCAGACGGGUGGCGCCUGCACCUCGCUUCCUCCCCGCCGCCGCCCGGCUUCCUUAGUCUCUCUGGGCGGCGACUGGCGCACGGAGCCCGCGCUCCGGCCACCCCUCGCGCUUCAGCAACGCUUGUCCCCACGCGCAGCGGGCCCGCGGUCGUCUCCGCCGCAACUGGGCUUCGGAACCAGCGGGCCGCGUCCUGAGCCGGACCCGGGGCAUGGCCUACCACCGUCGGCCGCCACGGGGAAGCAGAGCAGCAAGCUGCGGCCCGAGGUGCUGCAGGACCUGCGGGAGAACAUGGCGUUCACGGACCACGAACUGCAGCACCGGGCCGAGGCCUUCCUCAGGGACUGCCCCGCCGGCCACCUGACCAUGGACAAGUUCAAGAAGACCUACGUCAACUUCUUCCCCUACGGCGACGCCUCCACGUUCGCCGAGCACGUCUUCCGCACCUUCGCCACCAACGACGACGGCACCAUCGACUUCCGGGAGUUCAUCAUCGCGCUGAGCGUGACGUCGCGCGGCAGCCUGGAGCAGAAGCUCUGGUGGGCCUUCAGCGUGUACGACCUGGACGGCGACGGCUGCAUCAGCCGCAGCGAGGUGCUCGAGAUCAUGCAGGCCCUACACAAGAUGCAAAUGCGUGGGGACGAGUUCACUCCGGAGAAACGCACGGACAAGAUCUUCACGCAGAUGGACACAAACAACGACGGCAAACUGUCCCUGGAAGAAUUUAUUAAAGGUGCCGAGAGCGAUCCCUCCAUCCUCCGCUGGUUGCAGUGUGACCCCAGCGGUGCGAGCCAGUCCUAA